GGCGGCGGCGGCUCCAGCCUCGCUCCGGGGUCCCUCUCGGGGCUGAUGGCCGCAAAUAUGCAGAAUUACCGGCCGGGUCGCUCCUAAAGCCAGCGCCGGGGAGCGAGCGCGGCGGCGGCCAGCACCGGGAACGCACCAAGGAAGAGGCCCAGCCCCGCCCUCCGCCCCUUCCGUCCCCACCCCCUACCCGGCGGCCCAGGAGGCUCCCGGCGCGGCGGGCGCGGCGAGCGCGCACUCCCUGCUCCUCCUCCUCGCUGGCGCUGCCCGCCUCUCCGCACUCGCUGCUCGCGCCGGGCGCGCUCCGCCGGCUCCCUGCUCUCCGCGCCACCCUCCUCCGGGCCGCGCUCCCUGAGGGAUGGUACUGAAUUUCGCCGCCACAGGAGCCCGGCUGGAGCGCCCGCCCCGCGGCCUCGCCUCCCCGCCGAGCCGCCAGCGCCUCGGGACGCGAUGAGGACCUGGGCUUGCCUGCUGCUCUUCGGCUGCGGAUACCUCGCCCAUGCCCUGGCCGAGGAAGCCGAGAUCCCCCACGAGGUGAUUGAGAGGCUGGCGCACAGUCAGAUCCACAGCAUCCGGGACCUCCAGCGACUCCUGGAGAUAGACUCCGUAGGGCCCGAGGGUGCUCUGGAGGCGAGUCUGAGAGCCCACGGGGGCCACUCCUCCAAGCAUGCGCCCGAGAAGCGGCCCGUGCCCAUUCGGAGGAAGAGAAGCAUCGAGGAAGCCAUCCCCGCGGUCUGCAAGACCAGAACGGUCAUUUACGAGAUACCUCGGAGUCAGGUCGACCCCACGUCUGCCAACUUCCUGAUCUGGCCCCCGUGCGUGGAGGUGAAGCGCUGUGCGGGCUGCUGCAACACCAGCAGCGUCAAGUGCCAGCCUUCCCGCGUCCACCACCGGAGCGUCAAGGUGGCCAAGGUGGAGUACAUCAGGAAGAAGCCAAAGUUGAAGGAGGUGCAGGUGCGGCUGGAGGAGCAUCUGGAGUGCACGUGCGCGGCCACCGGCCCGACCCCGGACCACCGGGAGGAGGAGACAGAUGUGAGGUGAGAAUAAGCCAGCGGCCCUUUUUCCGGGACACGGAUGUACAUGGCGUGUUACAUUCCUGAACCUAUUAUGUGCGGUGCUUACUGCCAGUGUGUGGUCUUUGUCCUCCGUGAAAAACUGUCUCCACGCGCACUCUGGAGAACAAAGAGACAGUAUACGUUUGUUCAGUGCGACAUCAAAGCAAGUAUUGUAGCGCUCGGGGGACACAAUAGGAAGCCUCCUCGUCAAACAAAAAAGACAGCGAGCGAGCAAACAACCACGAAACAUGACAAACAAAACUGACUCACACAGAUAUCUACAGUUGUCGGAAUGGAGGGACGCCCCGUGGGCCGGACGUGUCGCGCCUCGGUGGACUGGAUUUCUGUCCAGGGUGGUCACAGGUGCUUCUGCCGGGGACACAGCGCCUGCUUUCCGGAGGACUCCGGGCGGGUGCCGAGGGCCCUGCGGGGCACGCGGGAGCCAGGAGUGUCUCAGAACCGCCACGGGACUUAGAAACACAUCUCCUUGCCGUAGUGUUUAAGUCUAUACAGAAACCUUCCCGAGAGCCUUAAGUGGAUUUUUUUUUACACCAUAAAGUGAUGAUUAAGCUUUCCUUUUUUACUCUUUGGCUAGUGUUUUUGUUUUUGUUUUUGUUUUUUAAAAUGAUCUCUUGGAUGGCAUUGACACCUAUAACACCAGGCUGCUGUAAGUCAGGACAGUGGGACGGUAUUUCUCCUCGCAGGAUGCAAACAAACGAGAUGUAUUAAAAUAAACAUGGUAUACCACCUAUGCAUCAUUUCCUAAAUGUUUCUGGCUUUAUGUGUUUUCUCCCGGCCCCAUUUCAUCUUACUUUUUUAACUUAAGCCAUUUCGAGAGAACACUUGCGUGAACCAAUCGAGUCCGUCCCGGCCUGCCGAUCCCGGGCUCCCCGCCCUGGCCGCCGCCAGGUCGCCCCUGUGCCAGUGUCUGGACAGAAUCUAAAUUCUUUAUUUUUGGGAAGAUGUUACGCUUUACAUGUAUUCAACGGAAAUGUGUGUGUGUGUGUUGUGUUUUUGUUUUGUAAAGGUGAAGUUUGUAUUUUUAUCUAAUAUUACCACUUUUAUAUACCUGA